AUGUUGGAGAAAACUUACUCCACAUUUCAUGCAACAAACAUUACCUUGAUGCAACAAUAUCGGUUGCAAAAGUUCACAAAAUAUUCUGAACUGAAUUCAUGCCUGCUUGUGGCAGAGCAAAAGAAUAAGCUCUUAAUGAAAAACCAUGAAUCUCGUCCAACGAGAUCAAUAGCACUUCCAGAAGCAAAUGCUACAAAUACUGAUGGUUAUCGAAACAAUACACGUGGACGAGGGCAUGGCCGUGGUCGAGGACGAGGUUAUGACUACUUUAAUAGAAACCAUAUCCAUAAUCAGAACCAUAAUUUUGUUUGUCGACAAGGUAAUUAUCGUGGUCGUGGACACAGAAGGAAUAAUUACCAAUCUUUACAAAGAAACAAUAUUCAUACACAAGAAAAGGCCAAAGUUGUAAGGCAUGAUGUUAGGACAUCACAGAAAUCGGAUGCUUCAUGUUAUAUAUGUGGUAGCACAGACCAAUGGUUAAGGACCUGUCGCACAUGUGCACACCUUUGUCAACUUUAUCAAGAGUCUAUUAAAGGAAAAGGAAAAGAAUUAAACCUCAUUGAUAAUGUUGAAUGCACUCCGCUAACUGUUGUUGAUUUCUGCAAUGAUAUGGAAGACAUAAACUAA